AUGACAUCGAUACCAGAUGAAGAGGAGCUCAACACACAAUUGGAAGCCGUGCAACAAAAGAUCACCUUGACACUGCAACACAUCGAUCAGAAUUUCGUCCGAUGCAACCAGAUCGUGUCUGGAGAAAUCCUACCUGAAGUAGAGCAAUUUGCAGAGACCAUUCGCAGUAUACGAGAAGGCUACCAGAUAUGGGUAUGGUUCUUGGAGCAAUUUGAGCGACCUAUCAAUAGCACCAGUCGACCCCCUUUUCCAUCGGUUGCUUCAACAUCAAGUAGGAUCGCAUCAAGUGUCAGCCGAUCUCCUUGGCGUCGACUUCAAAAUGAGCUUACUCGUACUACAACAAGCAUUCCAAACAAUCUACCUGAUCGACCACCAACACAAACAGCAGGUCCCUUUUCAUCCUUCUUAUCAGAUUCAUCUUUAUCAGCAUCCAUGCCCCAUCGACGUUUUUCACCUCCACAUACAAUGCCAUUUGGUCCAUCACCUGAAACAUUGCUUAAAACACCAGCACGACAAGCAGCACGCAUGAUGGUGGAUCAUUUAAUGUAUACUCAGAAUGCACAAAGCACACCUUCCGAUAAGGAGACACGUGAUGAUGAUUUACCUGCUGGCCAGGCAACAACAACAACAGCAGCAGCAGCAGCUCAGGACAAACGUGGUGGUGAUGGUGAUGAUAAUGAUCAUGGUGACGACUCUUUUAACGACAACAUCCCUGCUGUUGAUUUCCAGACCUUUGCAAAUCGGCGUAGAGAAGCAUUCCGUAACAUGGUUCCUGAACAAGAAUUACCACGUCUUUAUGAUCAUGGCUUGCAAUCACCUAGCAGGAAACGUUCCCAUGACAACAAUAACAACCACCAGUCGCCACUUGCGAGUACACCUAUCGCUGAACAAGUCAUGGCUGAUUAUCAAAACUACUUACGACCCACAUCACCCACACCUAGCGACAUGUCAGGACUCAAUUCACAAACGGGUUUGAUCACAGUGACCACCACUGAAGGAGGCGUAGCAGCAGCAGCAGCAGCAGCAACAGGAGCAGGAGGAGGUGGAGGAGCAGGAGAAGGCGGCGUACGUCGAGAGGAUGAAGAAGGUCCACGUCCUUUUAGGCUGCAGGAUUUCAGACGCACUUUUCAAAUUCCACCGGGAUCCACCAAACUCACUCACGUCUACAAUGUGUUUUAUCAACGACAAGGUCAAGCAUUAAGCAUGGAUGAUUUGAGAAAUCUUAUACCGGAUUACGAUCGGGCAACAUUGAAUUUACUGGUUGGCUCAUUGACACGGAAGAAAUAUCUGAAAAAGAUGGAAUCUGGAAUGUCGUGGACGCUGCGUGUUUGA